AUGCCCCUUGUCCCCUUUAGCCGCCUUGUUUCAGCGGGCUUCGUGUGCAUCAUCACCAACGUAGCCUCGAAAUGAGGCAAAACGGACGUAAACUACACUCAGUUUGUUGACCUGUACGCCAGAUACGCUGAGAAGGGUUUACGCAUCCUGGCCUUUCCCUGCAACCAGUUUGGAAAACAGGAACCUGGGGACAACGCUCAGAUUAAGGCAUUUGCUGAGAAGUACGGGGUGAAGUUUGACAUGUUCAGCAAGAUCGACGUCAACGGGGACAAUGCCCUCCCGCUGUGGACGUGGAUGAAGGCGCAGCCCGCGGGAAAGGGCACCCUGGGCAACGCCAUAAAAUGGAACUUCACCAAGUUUCUUAUCAACCGCGAGGGCCAAGUUGUGAAGAGAUACAGCCCCAUGGAGGAUCCCUACGUGAUUGAGAAGGACCUGCCUCGGUACCUGUAGCCCCGCUCCUGUCACCCCUG